AUGGGAUGCAUGUGCCUGAAGCUGAGGAAGAAGCCGAAGAAACCAAAACCAGACAACAAUGGCGGACUUGAAACUGAUUCACGGAACAGAACAACACAAAGCCAACCAAAACAACAACAUCGUCAAAGACAAACGACUCCAAGACAUAACAUUCAGAUUGUUGUCCAGCCCCAGAAACUUCCUCUUCCUCUUCCUCUUCCUCAACCUCAACCCCAAGACCAGAAGAGUCAUCAUCUGCAGCAGCCUGAACCGAUUCUCGGGAAGCCAUUGGAGGACAUCAAGGAAAAGUUCACGUUCGGUAGAGAAUUGGGUCGCGGCCAAUUCGGUAUCACUUAUCUCUGCACCGAGAUUUCGACCGGGAGGACCUUCGCUUGCAAAUCAAUCUUGAAGAGGAAACUUCACAGAGUCCAGGACAGGGAGGAUGUAAGAAGGGAGGUUCAGAUAAUGCAGUACUUGUCAGGGCAACCUAACAUUGUGGAGUUCAAAGGAGCAUAUGAAGAUAGACAGAGCGUUCAUCUGGUCAUGGAGCUUUGCGAAGGAGGCGAGCUCUUCGACAGGAUCAUCAAACACGGACAUUACUCGGAGAAAGCUGCAGCAGAAAUCAUCAGAUCCAUUGUAAAAGUUGUUCAGAUAUGUCAUUUCAUGGGAGUUAUGCAUCGAGAUCUUAAACCCGAGAACUUCUUGUUGUCCGGUAAAGAUGAAGCUUCUUCUAUGCUCAAGGCCACUGAUUUCGGAGUCUCCGUUUUCAUCGAGGAAGGGAAGGUGCACGGAGACAUUGUCGGGAGUGCAUAUUACGUUGCGCCGGAAGUUUUGAAGAGAAAUUACGGGAAAGAGAUCGAUAUUUGGAGCGCCGGAGUAAUCCUGUUCAUUCUUCUGUCUGGCAUUCCCCCAUUCUGGGCUGAGACCGAUAAGGGAAUUUUCGAAGAAAUUCUACGAGGAGAAAUCGAUUUCGAGUCUGAACCAUGGCCAUCGAUAUCUGAAAGCGCCAAGGAUUUGGUCAAAAAUAUGUUGAACAAAGAUCCUAAGUACAGGUUCACUGCAGCUCAAAUUCUUGAGCAUCCGUGGAUAAAAGAAGGAGGAGAUGCAUCCGAUAAGCCAAUUGCUAGUGCGGUUUUGUUGCGAAUGAAGCAACUCAGAGCCAUGAACAAGCUCAAGAAGCUUGCAUUGAAAGUUAUUGCACAAAAUAUCAAGGAAGAAGAAAUAAAGGGACUCAAGACGAUGUUUGAAAACAUGGAUACCGAUAAAAGCGGUACGAUAACAUACGAGGAAUUGAAAAUCGGGCUGGAAAAACUCGGUUCGAGGUUAACCGAAACCGAAGUCAAGCAGCUCAUGGAUGAUGCUGACACAGAUGGAAACGGUACGAUCGAUUACAUUGAAUUCAUCUCGGCAACGAUGAACCGGUACAGAUUGGAAAGAGAGGAGAAUUUGUUCAAAGCGUUUCAACACUUUGAUAAAGAUAACAGCGGAUUCAUUACAACAAACGAACUGGAGGUUGUCAUGAAAGAGUAUGAUAUGGGUGAAGAAUCCACCAUCAAGGAGAUUUUAUCAGAAGUUGAUGCUGAUAAUGAUGGAAGAAUAAAUUACCAAGAAUUUCGCAACAUGAUGAGGAGCACCACACAACAUGCUACAACGCCUCCAUCAGAUUGA